CAGCGCGUGGAGGAGAGCGCAAGCGCCAGUUGAAAAGAAGAGGCGGGGGUGGUGACGCUUGGGAGAGAGGCUCCAUUGCUUCGCCCACCUUUUCCCAGAUAAGCCAAUGGGAACUAGAGUUUACGUUUACGUAAUUCUUCCUAGCAACUAAGGGCAAAUUCUGUACGGUACCAGGUUCUCCCUUUCCAUUCCCUGCUGGUGCCUUGUUUGUAUAGGAUAGUGAGAGCUCUGGUUUAUGCGUUUCUCUGACUGUGGCUGGCCCGCGCAAUUGGAACUUUUUCUCAACAUGCAGCCCUCGACCCCAGCUGCAUUCACAGCCCUUACCCUGUCUGCCUGCCUUUUUGCCGCUGACCCCACAGCUGUUCGGGGGCAAGGUUCCCCGGUGCGCGUGGGGGCUGACUGUGAAGUAUGUAAAGAAUUUCUGGAAAGAUUCUACAGCUCCUUAAUAGCCAAAGGUGUUGACUUUUCUCAGGAAACCAUAGAAAAUGAAUUAAUCAGCAUUUGUUUAGAUUCCAAAGGAAAAGAAAAUCGACUGUGCUAUUAUCUCGGAGCAACAAAUGAUGCACCUACAAAGAUCCUAAGUGAAGUCACUCGCCCCAUGAGUGCCCACAUACCAGCAAUAAAGAUUUGUGAGAAGCUGAAGAGGAUAGACAGUCAGAUCUGCGAGCUUAAAUAUGAGAAGAAGUUGGACUUAGAAUCAGUGGAUCUGUCGAAGAUGAGAGUAGCUGAGCUGAAAAAGAUUCUCAACAGCUGGGGAGAAGAGUGCAAGGCAUGCAUAGAAAAAGCAGACUUAGUGGACCUCAUUAAAAAGUUGGCACCCAAGUACACAUCUACAAAUCCAAGAUCAGACCUUUGAUUGAAGUUUGAACAAAGUGGCUACAUUAGCAAAUCAUCAAGAUGAAUACCAUUCUGGCCUUAAACCAUGUGAAUUACAAGCUACUGAUCUAACCAGCUUGUGGUACAGGUAUCAUACUUGAAUACCCUGGUCUCAAAAUACAUUAUUUGUCUUUAUGAGUAAUGCUACCAGUGCUAGAUGCCUUAUAUUUACUGUGUAUACAAAUGUCACGAUCCUUCCAAAGGUAUCAAUGUUUUGGCUUACUUUCCCUUCUCAUAACUUAUUCCUAAGGUAUGUGGAAAGCAUUACCUUCCUCCUGUCUUAGAGAGGGGAAAAUUGAGGCAUUCAAAAGUCAUUACAGGGUUUAUCAGUACUGACCAAAGAGGCCUUGUUCCCAUUUUGACAUUAACCAUUAGUCUUAAGUACUGGAUUUAGAAAAAAAGAGAGUCAAUUUUUCUUUUAAAAAAUCCACUUUAUUUCAUAAUCACUUUGAAGACAAUUUCAAAACCCUGGUCAGAGUUUCACAAAUAUUGAGUGUCCUUACAUUUAAAAUCUGUAUAUAACUGUAAUAUGCCUUUGAUAUGUUUGAUCUCCAAAAUAGCAGAUUUGGAGGAGCAGCUUUAAAAUUAUUUUCCUCAGCUCAUGGCCAAAUCAAAGAGGCCUAGAAUAAUUAAAUAAAAAUAAAUGUUAGGUUGGAUAUGUGUAACAAGACUGGGAAAAAUCAAUCAAUAUUUGUCUUAUUCACAGAACCAAACCAUUUAGUUUUUUGCUCUUCAUUGUCACUACUUAGAUAUAGUUUUUAAAAAUAUGCAGCACGUGUGUCUUAGCAAUUCAAUGAUUUAAAAAUAUAAAUGACAUUCAUUUUAAAUCUUGUUCACAUUAUUUUUUCAAUAAAUACUUUUCAUUCAUUCCUAUUCUCAGUGAUAGGAAUACCAGUAGCAGUCCUACCCCAUUGGAACAGUUCAUUAAAAUACUGUUUUUUUUUAAAAAAUCUACUUAGCAAGAUGAUGCACUGCAUUUUUGCCAUUGCUCUUUGGCAAUGUGGCUCAGUGCCUGAAUUUAAAUUCAGGACAACACCACUUCACAGUAGUAAAGUAUAUUGUAACAAAUAUGUCAUGUUUGCAUAAAUAUCCUUUCAAAAUUUUUUUAAAUUAAUCUGUCCCUUAUAUUGCCCACUCCUUACCUCCCAAUGAGCAAAUAAAAAACUAAAAACAUAAAUCUUUCAAUGCAUAGCUGCUUAAUCCAGCAGAAAAAUUCCCACUGGCCAUGUUUAGGUGUACUUUUGACAUGAGGUUAAAUCAUUGACUUUUAUUGUGGAGGCAUAAGCUUCUAAAUGCCAUUUUAUGAAUUUUAGUGUACAAAAUCUUAGUUCACUUAAUUAUCAGCAUAAAAAUAAGAAAACUACUGUAAAAUUGU